GUGUUCAGCGAAAGCACGGCGCGAUCUUGAAAUGAAGCUAUGAUGAUUCAUGAGUCAUUCUGGAGCUUGAUAAGACCGUUUAAAAAGAUGCUUACUCUUGAUUUUUAUAUAGCCAUUUGCAACUAACGUAAGAUUCGCUAGCCAACUUAUUUAGAUACGUGACCUUGGCGUAGAGGACAACUUCGGAGAUUAAAGGUCAUACGAAAUUACAAUCCGAUUCUUUCGGUGAAAAAAUGGCGCAAGUUUUGAGGGGUAGAGUUGGUGUAUUUACGACACAAUAUUUUCACAAAAUUGUCCCCAAAGUUGAAUUACCCACUAAGUAUCAUCGGUCAUGUUUUCACACCAGCUGGGUUCUCGAUGUGAAGGGACGGGAACUUCUGAUGCCCUCAUUGUCGCCGACAAUGGAACAGGGCACCAUUGUCAAGUGGCUCAAGAAAGAAGGAGAUGACAUUGACGCCGGUGAUGCAGUCGCUGAUAUCCAGACCGAUAAGGCGGUCAUGGCCAUGGAAAUGGACGACGAAGCUGUUAUGGCUAAAAUUAUUGUUCCCGAAGGAACAAAGGAUGUUAAAGUUGGUACACUCAUUGCAUUGACAGUUGAGAAAGGCGAAGAUUGGAAGUCAGUAGAAUUACCAACAAGUGCUGAUUCUAGUGCAUCCAGUUCUCCAACUCCCUCUACUCCUUUAUCUUCACCUUCACUAUCUGCACCUUUGAUGCAGGCAUCUCAGGAAAUACCGGAUAGCCAACAAAGUUUGACAAUGCCUGCACUAUCCCCAACAAUGACAUCUGGAGUUAUUGUGAAAUGGCUUAAGAAAGAGGGUGAUAAUAUAGAGCCUGGAGAUGCUGUUGCUGAAAUUCAAACUGAUAAGGCAGUCAUGUCCUUCGAAAUGGAGGAUGAGUUGGUUCUUGCAAAAAUAAUCGUACCAGAAGGAUCCCAAGUUGAAGUUGGGCAGUUGAUCGCUUUGACCAUGGAAAAGGGUUCUGAUUGGACAAAGGCUGUCGUUCCCAGUAUUACAGUACCUACUCCUGCUGCAGCUUCAUCAAAACCAGCUCCUGCAAAGUCAGCUCAAGUGUUGGCAACAACAUCAAUAACAACGGGAUCGCUUCCAUCUCCUAGUGGACAAGUCUAUGGUUUGGCUGUGAAGAGACUACUUGAAGAGUACAACUUAAGUUCCGGUUCAAUAAAAGGAACGGGUAGACCCAAUCGUUUGCUCAAAAGUGAUGUCCUUGCUCAUAUCCAAGCCCAUGGUUUACAGAAAGUGGCACCUAAAACUGCUGCUGUACCAGCCCUUUCAAAAGCUUCUAAACAACAAGAUUUGAGUUCUUCAGAAAUUACUAGUGAGAGACCGUCUGGACUAGGUAAAAAUAUCCCCUCAGCGUACAAGGACGUUCCUGUGAGCAACAUUAGAGGAAUAAUUGCAAAACGACUUGCAGAAUCUAAGAGAAAUAUACCUCACUCGUACCAAUGUAUUGACAUUAAAGUGGAUAAGCUGAAUGAAAUCCGAGAAAAACUUAAAUCUGAGAAUGUUAGUGUGUCUGUCAACGAUUUUGUCACCAAAGCUGUUGCUCAUGCACUGCUGGAAUGCCCAGCAAUUAAUACAUUAUACCAAAAUGACAAGAUAGUCCAAUUGCAAAAAGUGGACAUUUCAUUUGCAGUUUCUAUUCCAACCGGUCUUAUAACACCGAUUAUUUUCGACGUGCCCUCAAAAGGGUUGACAGAAAUAUCUCAGAAUUCCAAAGAGCUUGCUGGUAGAGCUCGUGAAGGAAAACUUCAGCCUAACGAAUUUCAGGGUGGUUCUUUCACAAUCUCCAACCUUGGUAUGUUCGGCAUCAAAGAGUUUUCAGCCAUUAUCAAUCCUCCUCAAACAGCUAUUUUAGCUGUAGGAACUGGGAGGCGAGAACUAGAUUCUAAUUUCAAUACUGUCACAAGAAUGACAACGACACUCUCUUAUGAUCGGCGAGCGAUUGAUGAAGAUCAGGCAGCCGAUUUCUUAGCAGUUUUGAGAGCUAUGCUUGAAGAUCCAACUUUUUUGGCUGUUGGAAGAGCUCAGGCUCAUAGACACAAACGACUGUGAUCCCACCAGUGAGUUGACAAUGUUUUAUGCUCGGAGCAUGUGAAAUCAGGUUCUAUACUAGAACAAGAACAUUUUGAAUUUCAACAUCAUUACACGUUAAAAAAAAUUGUACAGGAUAUUCAUGGAUAGAAAGCUGCAGCCAUCCUUGCAAACGUACGGAAUUUCUGUGCGACUUGUAUCACAAUUUAAGUUCACCACAAAGCUGCCAAAAAUUAUAUAUUAAAACAGCUUAAUCAAGCUUACAUAACAACGAUGUAUAUAUUUAAAACGGAACUGGCCUGGUAAUUAGGUUUUACUCCUUAAUUAUUUCAACUGUCAUCUCUGGUGUAGAAAGUGACGUUAUGAUGUCACACAAAUUUUCUCGUGUAGUAUAGUUGAAUCAUGAAAAUACGUAUGUGAAGAAAUAUUGAUUAAAAUACUAUUUCAAGUUGAGCUGAAAUACUUGUAGUGCCACUUUUCAGCUUUGAGUAUUCUGUGCGCAUUCAGUGAUUUACUAUAGCAGGGUAAAUGUUUGUCAGGUAAUCAUACUACAUGAUAAUUUAUCAGAAUCGAAAAAGGUAUUCUCAUCUACCUGACAAUCAAAGGAUAUUUUAUUUGUCUGUUAUUUAUUUAUUUAUUAAUUACGUUCUGCGAAUUUGGGACGAUAGUAACAUGCAAAUUACCUCGUUAGAAAAUUAUAAAAUUUCUAAGGAACACUAUUGUUAUUUAAUUCUAGCUAAUUGAUUUGUACAAAUUUUUAAUUUUAGCCAGAUUAAUUAUCAUCUGUGUAAUCACGUGAAUCAUAAAUACUCACGAAAAAAAAUAUUUCCUCAAUAAAUUAAUUCAAACCUAAAA